AUGAAGGAGUUUGAGCAGCAGCAGCUGGCCCAGAAGGAGCAGAAGCUGAAGCAGCGCCGCCACCGCCUCGGGCGGCAGCUGCGCUCCCACAUGCUCGAGCGCGCGAGCCCCUCCCCAACGCCGACCCCCGGCCGCGACAUGUCGCACGCGCCGGACGGCGCGUCCGCCGCGAACGAGAGCGCGGGGCGGGGCGGCGCUGGGGCGCAGGCGGCGGGGGGGCCGAAGCAAGGCGGCCCCCGGGGUGCUGCUGCCAAGGCAGUGGGCGCAGCCGGCGUUGUCGAGGCCCCCGUCGAGGAUGAGGGCGUGCUGUCUGAUGAGCAUCAUUCGGUCUUGACGGGCAGCCCCAAGCUGGCCAGCUGUGCCGCGGGCUCGGCGGCCGGCAGCACCAACGCCCCACGCGCGCCGCCCGCGCCGCCGCUGCGCCUGUCAUCCCUGACGCUGCCCGGCGCGGAGCGGCCGGCCGCGAGCGAGGGGAGCGUGCGGCAGGGCGGCGCGGCCGCCGUGGGGGCCGGCGAGGCGCAAAGCGGCGGGCCGCGCGGCGCCACGCUGACGAGGACGCCGACCACCACCGGCCCAGUGCCUGACUCUGAUGGCGACUGCAGCGUCGGCAGCACGUCUGGCGCCGCGCCGCGCUCGACCCCCGGCACCCCCCGCAGCUUCGGCGCGCCGUCGUCGCCGUUCGCGGGCCGAGGCGGCGCCCGCGGCGCCUGGAACGUCCGCGGCGGCGGCGCCGCGGCGCCGGCUGCCGUGUUUUCGGAGGUCGCGGCGCGCGCGGGCGUGGGCAGCCUCUCAAGCACAGCCGCCCCGCCUCCUGACGCCCGCGAGGCGGCGCCGCCCGCCGCGGCCGCUGCAGGGGUCGCCGUGAACGCUGCUGUCGGGCAGGACGGGGCGGCGUCCGCGGGCCGGGGCCAGGCGGAGGCGCCCGUGCUCGAGGUGGACCUGCCCACCGGAGUGCCGCAGCGCCAGGCAGCGCUGCAGCGCCUCGAGGCGCAGCAGCAGCAGCAGCUGCAGCUCGCGCGCGAGCGCGGCUCGAGCGCGCGUGCGGCGGAGGCGGGCAGGUCGGCGCGGCAGCGCAAGGACGCGAUCGCGGCGCUCGCGGCGCAGGAGCAGCAGCGGCUGGGGAUCGACAGCCCCACCGCGGCCGCGGCGGCGAAGGCAGACGCCGAGCGCUCGGCCCUGCCCUCCGGCGAGGCCAAGGCGGCGGCUGCGGACGGCUCCAAAGCGGGGCCGCGGCCGCAGCAGCGGGGCCAGGAGCACGCCCGGGCUGCAGCGGCAGGAGCAGGGGCCGACGGGCUCGAGCCGCAACUGCAGCCGAAGACCGCCGGCGCCGGCGGUGCCCAGAAGGUACUGCAGGCAGACCGGCGCGCGCCGCAGGGCGGCGGCGCAGGCGGGCCGGCCGGCGAGAGCGCGGAGGACGAGGAGGGCGUGAUGGCGGUGGUGACGCAGCGCGGGGAUCAGGGCGCCGACUCUGCGGCCGCCAAGGAGCAGGCGGACGCGGGAGCGGCGGACGGCGGCUGCGCGAAGACGUCGACGAUCACUGUGAAGCGGCUGCUGCGGGAGACGACCCCCAGCCGCAUCCCCCCGGCGCCGGCGCCGCCGCAGGAGUGGGGCGCUCAGGGGGGGCAGGCGGGGCUGCUGUCAAGGGUCAAGUCCAUCCCCGCGCCCCAGAAGAACGCCUGA